AAUUUACAGAAUUUAGACCAAGGGUUUUGGUGGGCGUGUCUCAUUAACGCUAUAAAGUCUAGAUCUUUCGCCUUCUCUGUUUUGCAUUCAUGGUUGAUUAACAGCUGCUACUGCUUGAGAGUGAAGGAGAGACUCAAUUCGUUCGACCUGAAAGGUGAAAGACGGCUCAUUCAAAUGUCUGGAUUUCUCAUCCUAUGAACUACUGCACCAGCUCUUGCACCUGAAUUUGAAGCUGAAGUUACAUCAUGGUGUGGUGUAGGAAACUGAUCCUUUUCUUGCUUUCUUUGAUCAUGGAGAUUUGAAAUACCUAGUUAUUCCUGUUGAAUGCACUAUUAGGACCCAAUAAUUUCUAUUGGGAAGGCGAUGGAUGGCAGAAGUUAUGACAAAAGACCUUAUACAUAUUCUGGCACACAAAAGGACUCAUUCCGUUACUCAUUUUCCUUGUCUGAAAACCCACUACGAGCCAUCUUUCAGACAUUUGAGAAUGUCUCGCAGACAAUUCAAGCCAAUCUAUCUAGAUUGAUUUGUCUUCCUAAUGAGCCAUUAUCUAAAAAGGAGCAGCCUCUCUUUUCUCUACCAUCAGCUUUUGUAACGACUCCAUUAAGUUCGAAGACUAGCUCUUCUUUUCUGCAGCCCAAAGACGUUCUUAAUGAGGUAAAGUCUAAUGGACCUGUGGCUAAAGAAGACCUUGGCAGGGCAACUUGGACCUUUCUUCACACUCUUGCAGCUCAGUAUCCAGAUAUGCCUACAAGACAGCAAAAGAAGGAUGUAAAAGAACUGGUAUCGAUACUAUCCAGAAUGUACCCUUGCAAAGAUUGCGCCGAUCAUUUUAAAGAAAUUCUAAGAUCAAAUCCGGUUCAAACUGGAUCUCAAGCUGAGUUUUCGCAGUGGUUAUGUCAUGUACACAAUGUUGUCAAUAGAAGUCUUGGCAAACCAAAAUUCCCUUGUGAAAGAGUAAAUGCAAGGUGGGGAAAAUUGGACUGUGAACAACGCAUGUGCGAUUUACAGGGUUCCGAAAAUGCUUUUGGCAAUCAGUUUCCGUAGAAAACCUGCUCGUUUGGAUCAUUAUUACUCAAGAUUAAUAGUCGUGGGUUCGAGCUUUCGCGACACUUUUGGAAAAGUUUCAUAAGAAGUGUUGGAUUCUACAAUUGGUUUUAGAUGCUUUCAAACACUUGAACACUGUAAUAUUGAUUCUUGUAAUUUAAUAUAUCAGAUAUUGCAUAAUA